CUCUCUGUCUCUGUCUCUGCCUGUCUGUCUGCUACAGGCAGUACAGUCAAUGAAGGAAGGAGGGAGGGUGAACUCGAGGCAGGCAGACAUAUAUUACAACAAGGCUUGACUAAGCGGUGUUGUCUUCAUGUGGAUCACUGCCGGACACAGAGAGACAAGUUGUCAAUGAGGAGCUGCUGCAGUUGUUUGGUUGAAACUUUAGCUGGAGUUCAUAUCAGGCGGUUACAGGCUGAAUGACAGCGAGCAGGGCGGAAUCGGUUCCUCUUUGCUUCUGGUUUAAUUCCCAGCUCUGUGCUCGGUACAUGGCGACGUUUGUGAGUGUGAUUCAACUUAUUUCCAAUGAGCGCAAGUCGCAGCUUGUGUGAAGUUCAUCAUCAUCAUCAGGCGCAGCAGCGGCAGGAGCAGCAGCAGAAUAAGGAGAGGACCUUUUAAGGAGCUGAGUUGGAUUAUUGUUGCGCAGCAGAGGAGUUUUUCUUUCCCCAGUUGUAGUUUUAUUUCCACCACCAGAGGAAGUUAUGACUUCGGUAUGGAAGAGACUGCAGCGAGUCGGUAAAAAGGCUUCAAAGUUUCAGUUUGUUGCCUCCUACCAGGAGCUGGUGUUGGAGUGUACAAAGAAAUGGCAACCAGACAAGCUGAGGGUGGUGUGGACCAGGAGGAACAGGCGCAUGUGCUCCAAGCUCCACAGUUGGCAGCCUGGAAUCAAGAACCCCUACAGGGGCAUGGUGGUGUGGCCUGUUCCAGAGAACAUCGACAUCUCUGUUACACUCUUCAAGGAGGCCACUGCCGAGGAGUUUGAGGACAAAGAGUGGACCUUUGUCAUUGAGGGUGAGAACAAGGGGCAUCGUAAGGUGCUGGCGUCAGCAGACAUCAACCUGAAGCGGUUUGCAAGUCCGACGCCAACCCAGACUGACCUGACGCUCCAGCUGAAGCCGCUGUCUGUCAAAGUGGUGGAAGCGACGCUCAAGCUGUCACUGUCCUGUGUCUUUGUUCGAGAGGGGAAAGCCACUGAUGAAGACAUGCAGAGUCUGGCCAGCCUCAUGAGCGUCAAACCCACAGAUAUUGGCAACCUGGACGACUUCAAUGAGAGCGAUGAAGAGGAGGACAAGAAGUCUGGCACUGCUACAGUCGUUCCACACACUCUAACCCGCCCGAAUCGCCCUGCCCCCCCUCCACCUGACAAGCGAGACUCCGCUGGACCCACUUUCCCAGCCUCAGCCGGUGGGCGUGAUGGCGUCAACUCCCGCCCUCCUCUACCUAUUGCUCCUCGUCCCUCUCCCCGUCGCAGCCGACACCCCUUCACCACCGCCCCUGUGCAGUCAGAGAUCCAACCUUCCCCCUCCCCUCAGCCCUCACCCAGAUCCAAGCAUAAAAAAUCUGCCAACCCUCUUCUCCCUGAGGCUCCUGCUUCCUCUGACCUGUUACCUAAACCUCCGAGCUCCCAGUUUACAGCAGCUACUCCCUCAAUCCAGAGUGCCCCUUCUGAUGUAUCUGCCAAAUCCUCCAAUGCUUCCCAAAACAUUUCUCCUUCCCUUCCUCCUCCUCUGUCUCCCAUAUGCUCUGAAUCUUUGCCCACUUCACCUGCAGCCUCAGAGGAGCCGUCUUUAGCAGCACCCUCUAUUCCCCUGAAUUCAUCUUCAGAUACCCCCUUUAAACUGCCCUCUAAGCCACCCAGUGCCCCUGAAACAGGCAUCACCUCAUUUCCACCCAAACCUCCCUCCCCUGCAUUGUCAUCACCCCAGGAUAUCAUAACACCACCCUCUACGACUCCACAAAAGUCCUCCAUCAGUGUAUCCACCACUCUCACCCAUAAGACCAUCUCCACCGCCUCCCAUCUUCCCCCAUCCAAAUCCUCCUCUCCCCUAAAUCCCACCCUGUCCUCUGAGCCUCCAUCCGCUCACCCUCCAUUCACCCGGACUCUCUCUCAGCCACCCUCUCUGCCCAGAAUCUUCCAGUCAGGCUCAGGAAAAGUUCCUGUUUCACAUCAACGGCGCCCCCCAGAGGCUCAAACAGCAGAUGCUCUGACUUCAGUUUCUGGCCGUUCUCACAUUUUCAGACCUCAGCUUGUCAAGUCAAUCGCCCGCCCCUCCUCUCCCUCUCCUUUUGCCGCUGAUGCCCCCCCUCUUGAGUUGACACCUCCUCUCCCCAAAUCUCUCCCCUCUAUCUCAGAGUCUGAUAACCAAUGUGAAAAAUAUGUGCUUCCUGCAGGUGCGCAGGGGGCGUGGUUGACAUCUGGUAGUGACAUCACUCCUGUCCCUCUGCUGAGCAGUCCCGACCUUGAUGCCCUCUGUGACCCUGUGGCUCCAGCACUUACUGCUUCCCUUCCACGUUCCUCACCCCCUCGCUCCGCUUCUCUUUCCACCUCUGUUUUAUUCUCCUCUCCUCACGCUAAACUCGCUGUUUCUCCCUCUGCACCUCCUGCUCUAAUCAGCUCCUGUCAGUCAGGCUCGACGUUCCCCCAGGUAGACAAGGAAGCAACUCCGAGCCCUGUGAGCCGAGACAACUGUUCUCCUCAUAACAACCAGGCAGGGGCCAACAUCAGCGCAGCCAAGGAUUCAAAGGCAGCCGUCACAGAAAACAAAGCUGAACCAGCAAGGAUCAGCUCACACAGAGAAGAUGCUGCUGAGGUGGACAGCACUGUCAGGCAAACAAAAAACUCAGAAACACAUCAUAUAGUACCAUCUCCUCCUGAACCCUGCGCACCAUCAGUUAAAGAGGAGCCCAAAGAGCCAGAGGGACCCUGCAUGGAGCCUGCAACAUCACCCAAGGUUUCCCCCAAACCAACCAUUGAGCGCUCGGCUUUGGCGCUUGAACCACUGCUUCCCUCAAAACCAGAACCAGGAUUGUGGCCGGAACCAGUUCUCCAGCCAUCAGGAAAACCACAACAGGGGGGAGCAGAUGAGGAGAAACCAGUCGAGGUCAUGGCUGGUGGUCAGGAGAGAUCCAUCAACAAUAAGGAGCCAGUGUGUGAGGCAGAAAAGCAGCUGUGGGCGACGGUGGAGGAGACCACAGUGGAGACAGGAGCGGAAAGAGGGACGGAAAGUAGUGAGAGCGCUGAAGAGAAGGAUAAGAAGCAGGAGGAGGGUGGUGUAACAGGGGGGCUAAAAGGCCAACCAGCUGACGUCCCGGAUGGUUUAGAGAAGAAACCACCAUCGCAGCUUGAAGUUACCCCCAGUGGUAAACACAUUGACAUACACAUCACUCCUCCCCAUCACUGUGAGAGGACAACAUCUCGACUUCCUACGUUACCAGAAGAAGAAACCUCUGACCUUAAGUCCGCUCUUCCUGCUCCAAUGGUCAGAGAGGAAGCAGAUGGGAAGGACGAUGCAGCAGAGGGCCUGGUGAACUCCAGCCAGUCGCUGCUCCAGUGGUGCCAGGAGAUCACCAGUGGGUACCGAGGGAUAAAGGUCACCAACUUCAGCACGUCCUGGAGAAAUGGCCUGGCCUUCUGUGCCAUCCUACAUCACUUCCAUCCAGACAAAAUAGAUUUUGACAAGUUGGACCCCCACGACAUCAAGAUCAACAACAAGAAGGCGUUUGACGGUUUCGAGGCGCUUGGCAUCUCUCGCCUGUUGGAGCCGUCCGACAUGGUCCUCCUGUCCGUCCCCGACAGGCUCAUAGUCAUGACCUACCUCAGCCAGAUCCGCUCACACUUCACCAACCAGGAGCUGAGCGUGCUGCAGAUAGAGCACAACAGCAGUCAAUCCAGCUACGGCCUCGCCCUCUCUGGUCCUGCUCCCACUAAUGUCGACGCUGCUGCUUUCUGCAUGGCCAGACUGAAUGAAGGAGUGAGCCUAGAGGAAGGAGGGAGCAGCACGCUGGUCGUCCCACCACCGAGGACCAAACGAUUGCUUAAAGUUGAAGAGUCAUUAACCCCGGUCCCACCCCCACGGUCGGUAAACAAAUCAGUCAAACCUGGACCUGCUCAGGAUGAAGACACAAAGACAGGAAUCACUAGUAGUACAGAGUUGCAGAGUGCAGCUGAGACCCAGCCUCCCAAGCAAGAGGAGGAAACAAUGUGUUUGCAGGACACCAGCCAGUACGUGCUGAGUGAGCUGGCAGCGUUGGAGACGGAGCAGAAGCACAUCGACAGCAGAGCAGCUGUGGUGGAGAGGCGACUGCGAAGCCUCAUGGAAACAGGAAGUGACCGUGAUGAAGAGGAGCGACUGAUUCAGGAGUGGUUCACUCUGGUGAAUAAGAAGAACGCUCUGAUACGCAGACAGGACCACCUGGAGCUACUACAAGAGGAGCAGGAUCUGGAGAGGAGGUUUGAGCUUCUGACCAGGGAACUUCGUGUCAUGAUGGCUAUAGAAGACUGGCAGAAGUCGUCCACUCAGCAGCAGAGGGAGCAGCUGCUCCUCCAAGAGCUGGUGUCUUUGGUCAACCAGCGGGACGAGAUCAUCAGAGACAUCGAUGCCAAGGAGAGAGGGGCUCUGGAGGAGGAUGAGCGUCUGGAGCGCGGUCUGGAGAUGAGGAGGCGAAAAUAUAGCAACAAAGACAAAUGUGUCCUUCAGUGAGAAGAGAGGUCACUCACAAAAAGCUUUUACAACUGCGACCCCGAAGUCCCAGAAGAUGAAUCUUGGUCAUAAUUUUCACAUACGAGAUUAAAACAGGACUUCGGGCCUCCGUAUUUCCCUGUUUUUUUUAUUAUAGUGCCUUUAUUUUCUUGGAGAACUGUUAUAAACCAUUAUGAGGAAGAUAUAUGGGCUGAUAAAUUAAUGUCUGGUUUUGUCAAAGUCUCAUUAUUUUCUGUUUGUCUUAAAUAUUAUUUUGAUUCUGUUCACAUAUUUUUAUUUAUUUAAAGAAUGCGUCAGAAUGUUGUACAUCUAUUGCACAUGUGUGUUGUGUGUUUGUGUGUGUAUUCAUCUGUGAGUUUGUUCACCAUUUGAACACUGACUUCUCUUCUGCUUUCCCCCUCAACACAUUGAGAGCUUGUCAGAAUCUGUUGGCUCAAAACCAAAAUGUGCCUUUCUGUUUUUUCUGGUGAUUCUUGUCUUACGUUUCUGUUUUAGAUAUUUCCACCCUGACAGUAAAAAAAUAUAUUUGGUUGUAACAUGCCAAGACAUGUUAGAUAUAAAAACAACAAGUCAUGAGCUGGACUCAAACUCACAUUAUUGAUAAUACAGGGUACAUGUUUUCACCUUGAGAAUGACCCCAGCGUCAAAUUUUUAUAAAGCAUUUCCACUUCCUGCAAUAUUGAUUUUCUUUUUUUGGACAUUAGAUGUUGAAAGUGUUCUCAAACCUUGUGUGCACACAGACCCUAAAUGCCUUAAAUCACCCAUAAAGUGUAUGGUUGUGAUGCUUGAUUCACAGAAAUGAACCUGUUUGCCCACUCCUGUGUCCUUUGACUACUGUAUGCAUGCUGUUUGAGGUGUGCUGAUAAAGUGGUACUCUGCUGCACAUCACUACUGUAUACCUAGCACACACUGUAUACCUGAAGUUGCUGUCUAUAUUUAUGAGGUGAAGAUAUGAUUAAUGAUAUUGAUAAAUAUGUUGAAUAAACAUAAAUAUUGGUUGGUUGCUUA